CGGGCCGGCUGAUGGCGGGCGGCCUCCGCGAGCAGACGGGCCUGGAGAUCGAGAUGGAGCGCAUCCGGCAGGCGGCCGCGCGGGACCCCCCAGCCGGAGCCUCGGCCUCCCCGUCCCCGCCGCACUCGUCGUGCUCGCGGCAGGCCUGGAGCCGCGACAACCCGGGCUUCGAGGCCGAGGAGGAGGAAGAGGAGGAGGAGGAGGAGGUGGAAGGGGAGGAAGGGGGCAUGGUGGUGGAGAUGGACGUGGAGUGGCGCCCGGGCAGCCGGAGGUCGGCCGCCUCCUCGGCCGUGAGCGCCGCGGGCGCACGGGGCCGGGGGCUGGGGGGCUACCCCGGCGGGAGGCGGCGCCGGCGAGAGGACCAGGGCCCACCGAGCCCCGGCCCGGCGGGCGGCGGGGACCCGCUGCAUCGCCACCUCCCUCUGGACGGGCAGCCGCCGCGAGUGGCCUGGGCGGAGAGGCUGGUCCGCGGGCUGCGAGGUCUCUGGGGAACAAGACUCAUGGAGGAAAGCAACACUAACCGAGAGAAAUACCUUAAAAGUGUCUUACGGGAACUGGCCACAUACCUCCUUUUCCUCAUAGUCUUGUGCAUCUUGACCUAUGGGAUGAUGAGCUCCAGUGUGUACUACUACACUCGCAUAAUGUCACAACUCUUCCUAGAUACCCCGGUGUCCAAAACGGAGAAAACUAACUUUAAAACUCUUUCUUCAAUGGAAGACUUCUGGAAGUUCACAGAAGGCGCCUUAUUGGAUGGGCUGUACUGGAAGACACAGCCCAGCAACAGAACUGAGGCUGACAACCGAAGUUUCAUCUACUAUGAGAACCUCCUGUUAGGGGUCCCACGGAUACGGCAACUCAAAGUCAGAAAUGGAUCCUGUUCUAUCCCUCAGGACUUACGAGAUGAGAUUAAAGAGUGCUAUGAUGUCUACUCUGUCAGUAGUGAAGACAGAGCUCCAUUUGGUCCAAGAAAUGGAACUGCGUUAUUGGUUGAAUUGCCAGCAACAGGCGGUGUGAUUCCAUCUUGGCAAUUUCAGCCUGUAAAGCUGAUCCGAUACGUCACGACUUUUGAUUUCUUUCUGGCAGCCUGUGAGAUUAUCUUUUGUUUCUUUAUCCUUUACUAUGUGGUGGAAGAGAUACUGGAAAUUCGCAUUCACAAGCUACACUAUUUCAGGAGUUUCUGGAAUUGUCUGGAUGUUGUGAUCAUUGUGCUAUCAGUGGUAGCUAUAGGAAUUAGCAUAUACAGAACAUCAAAUGUGGAUGUGCUACUGCAGUUCUUGGAAGAUCAAAAUACUUUCCCCAACUUUGAGCAUCUGGCGUAUUGGCAAAUACAGUUCAACAAUAUAGCUGCUGUCAUAGUAUUUUUUGUCUGGAUUAAGCUCUUCAAAUUCAUCAACUUUAACAGGACUAUGAGUCAGCUCUCCACAACCAUGUCUCGGUGUGCCAAAGACCUCUUCGGCUUUGCAAUUAUGUUCUUCAUUAUUUUCUUGGCAUAUGCUCAGUUGGCAUACCUUGUCUUUGGCACUCAGGUUGAUGACUUCAGUACUUUCCAAGAGUGUAUCUUCACUCAAUUCCGUAUCAUUUUGGGUGAUAUCAACUUCGCAGAGAUUGAGGAAGCUAAUCGAGUUUUGGGACCAAUUUAUUUCACUACGUUUGUGUUCUUUAUGUUCUUCAUUCUUUUGAAUAUGUUUUUGGCCAUCAUCAAUGAUACUUACUCUGAAGUUAAAUCUGAUUUGGCCCAGCAGAAAGCUGAAAUGGAACUCUCAGAUCUUAUCAGAAAGGGCUACCAUAAAGCCUUGGUCAAGCUAAAACUAAAAAAAAGUACUGUGGAUGACAUUUCAGAGAGUCUGCGGCAAGGGGGAGGGAAGUUAAACUUUGAUGAACUUCGACAAGAUCUCAAAGGGAAGGGCCAUACUGAUGCAGAAAUUGAGGCAAUAUUCACAAAGUAUGACCAAGAUGGAGACCAAGAACUGACUGAACAUGAACAUCAGCAAAUGAGAGACGACUUGGAAAAAGAGAGGGAGGACCUGGACUUGGAUCAGAGCUCUUUACCUCGUCCCAUGAGCAGCCGGAGUUUCCCACGAAGCUUGGAUGACUCUGAGGAAGAGGAUGAUGAAGACAGUGGGCAUAGCUCCAGAAGGAGGGGAAGCAUCUCCAGUGGAGUUUCGUAUGAAGAGUUUCAAGUCCUAGUGAGAAGAGUGGACCGAAUGGAGCACUCCAUCGGCAGCAUUGUGUCCAAGAUUGAUGCUGUGAUCGUGAAGCUGGAGAUCAUGGAGCGGGCCAAACUGAAGAGAAGGGAAGUGCUGGGAAGGCUACUGGACGGGGUGGCCGAGGAUGAAAGACUGGGUCGUGACAGUGAAAUCCACAGGGAACAAAUGGAACGGCUAGUGCGGGAAGAGUUGGAACGCUGGGAAUGUGAUGAUGCAGCUUCCCAAAUAAGUCAUGGUUUAGGCACACCCGUGGGACUAAAUGGCCAGCCUCGCCCCAGAAGCUCCCGCCCUUCUUCCUCUCAGUCCACGGAAGGAAUAGAAGGUGGAGGUGGAACUGGGAGUUCCAAUACCCACGUGUAGGACGUUUGUUAGUAAAUGUGUGCCUACUAGGUGAGAAGGCAGCUGUCCUGAGUUUCCGUAGCCAGGACACUACAGUAAGUCUCACUUAACGUUGCUGGUAGGUUCUUGGAACUGUGGUGAAACGACGUAUAACGAAACCAUUGUUACCACAGGCUAAUUGACAUAAACAAGUAUGUAGUUCCUACAGCAUCCAAGUUAUAACUAAACGAUGUUAUUCUAAGUCCUGCUUAUUUAUAUGCCCUCAUCACCAUAUGAUGCUGGUCUUUGUGACUAAUUGUUCAUUCUUCUGCACUUUAAUUUAUUUUAGGUAAAUUUUUCCCAUGGAUCAAAGAAGAUUUUUUUUUUUACUUUUUCUCAUAUAAGAAAUUAGUUGUAAAUAUUGAGUACAGAAAAAAAAUCUUUGUAAAGUUUUCAGAGCGGUAUGCCCACUUGCUACCAUGACUGAGUCUUCUCAGUUUACAAUGAAGUCGCCUUUUAAAGCUAGAAGAGAACUGUCAAAAGGCUUCUGAGUUUUAUUUUCAAUCACAAAAAUCAGUAUUGUCAUCUUUGCCCAAUGUGUGAAGGGAAAGUAGGGGCGUUCCUUCCCACUCAGGCCGAGGUCAUGGGCUUACUACAUAGCUUUCUUUUUAAAAAGGAGCCUUUUAUUUCACCUACCUUCCUGGGGUAAGCUUUUCUAAAAGAUGAGCUAGAAAAGAACUCCAAAGAAUAGAAUGGUUAUGUAGUCAUUAUGCUAAAAUUUGUAUGAAUGGUGAAGGCAAAUGUUGAAUACUAUGCUUUUUUGUUAUUUUAUCAUAUCUAAUAUCUGUUGGAAUAACUGUUUUCACUUAAUUUUUACAUUAUUUUUGCUCUCAUUUGAAAUGAGCUGCAUGAAACCACCAAAGAUCAGUUAUGAGUUAAAAUGUCAUCUCUAAUCAUAACAUAGUAGAAUUGGAAGGAGCCCUAUCACUAAGUUGGACUUUUUCUCAUCAUUGGUUUAGUAUCAAGAUUUAUUAAUAUAUUCCCUUUCCCAUAUGACUCAACUUAUUUGCAAGUAACUGUAAUGUUGUAACUAAUCUAGGACGAACAACUUACUAAAACUUUUUAGUAUGCAUAGAAAGUUUUCACUCAGCAAAUUUGUUCAUUUUAAAUAAAAUUUUAAACAUGUUUUUAAAUUCAUAUAAAAAUAUAAAACUAAAAUUUGAGUUUUAUACUGUUUAAAGAAUAAACAUCUCAAAUACUCUUAGUUCUGCAACGAAACUAGAAUUUCUAAUCUAAAUGAGCUCAAUUUAAUGAAAAGGAGUUUUUCGUAUUGAAAGUUCAUCCAUCAUCAGAAAGUAUCAGCCAAAGUUUGAGUUUGAAGCAAUUAUUUUUUUCAUUAGGAAAGGGUCUCAGCAAAUUUAUGGGGAAGAUUUCUUAGUAAAAAAAUAAAAAUCUUAUUUUUCAAAAGUUUUAAGUAAGGUGACCUUUUGGGAGCUAAUGUGACAAGCAAAAGAGAAUGCAAUGCUGGUGAAUAACUCAUUUGGAGAACAAUAGAAGAGAGGCCUGUUUUUAAAUGCUAUGUUUUAAUGCACAUUUGGUUCAUUUAAUUGGUAGAACAUGUCAGUCAAAUCUUCAAUGAAAACAUGAGCAAACAAACUUUCUAAGAUGGCUUCUACAGAAAUGCUGAACACUGGGUUUCUUUCAUAGUUAUUUCCCAUAGCUUCAUCUCCAUCUUUAUUUGUAGUAUGGUACAAAAGUCCUUUAUUACUAGGUACGAACGUUUGCAUUCCAGGAAUAGUGAGUGUAUGUAUUUAUGUAUGUGUACCAUGUUGUUACAUGUAAACAAACUUCAAUUUGAAGUGCAGCUAUUAUGUGGUAUCCAUGUGUGUUGACCAUGUGCCAUAUAUUAAUUAUGGUCACUAGAAAGUCUUUUAUGAUACUUAUUGUUAAACUUUUUAUUUUUAUUUCACUUGUAAAAUUUUGCAAAAUUCUUUCUCUUUACCCAUAAGUUGCCUAUUUUUGUUUUUUUAGUCAUGGAAAAUUCCCUCCUUAUCCCUCCCCUAUCAUCUUCCCUUCUAUAUUAAUAUUAUUACUAUGUUACAUAUGCAGGUCUCUCUCAACAAUUGAGCAUUUCAUUAAUGUAUAAUACUGAGCACUUUACUUCUUAAUAAAGACUUGAUAUAAAAGUA